CCCGGAAAAAGUGCGACCAGAUCUUCAAAAUAUGUUAUCGAUUGCUGCUCUGCAAAAAUUUAAAGUCAAAAUAUUGAUUUGCAAUAAAAGUAAAUAAAUUGGUAAAUAAGCCUAGACACAGCCAUGGACUUUACCGGCUUUGAAGUGCGCAAGUGCCCACCGACUGCCAUGUACAUUCCAAAUUUCAUUACUUCCGAGGAGGAGCAAAGGAUCCUUAGUCAUAUCGAGCGUACGCCAAAGCCGCGCUGGACACAGCUGCUGAAUCGCCGGCUGGUCAACUAUGGCGGUGUGCCGCAUCCCAAUGGCAUGAUUGCCGAGGAAAUACCCGAAUGGCUGCAAAGCUAUGUGGACAAGGUGAACAAUUUGGGUGUCUUCGAGACACAGAAUGCCAAUCACGUGCUGGUCAAUGAGUAUUUGCCGGGCCAGGGCAUUCUACCACACACCGAUGGACCACUCUUCUAUCCCAUCAUAUCCACAAUUUCCUGCGGCGCGCACACCGUGCUGGAGUUUGCGAAGCGGCAAGUAGAGGGAGAGGCCGGGGAUCAGGCGUGUCGGGAGGUUCUGUUCAAGCUAUUGCUGGAGCCGCGCAGUCUGCUCAUUCUGAAGGACACGCUGUACAGUGAUUACUUGCACUCGAUUGGCGAGAUCAACGAGGAUGUGCUCUGUGAUCGCAUUUGCAACUACGAUUUGUGUGAGACCACCUACAAGAUGGGUGACCAUUUGGUGCGCCGCGCACCACGCAUCUCCCUGACCAUACGCAAUGUGCCCAAGACCAGCAAAAUGAAGCUGAAGUUCUGCUAGACUGACCCAAAAAACCGAAGCACGUUAAUGUUGUAGCUGUUGAUUAAAUGUUAACUAAAAAUGCACAAACAAAAAGCAAACCCACUGAUGUCUCAGCACCCGUAACUUAUUCGGGGUGCAUGAAUCUUCCGCUAGUUGUUUAAGCACCCACACGCGCACCUGAGCAAUCCAAUGUUUGCCCAACAAAAGUGCUUUAUUUUACCAUUAAUAUUAUGAGUAGAUAUAUAUAUAUAUAAAUGUUUUUUGUAUUACGUAUAUUGUGAAGCAAUAAGUUCAGCCGCUCUGUGACAGGUUCCUUAACCCCAAGCUGGAUGCAGCAGUCCGGCUGUUUAGAUUUAGUUUCGCGCAGCAAUUUUUUAAGAGCAAUCCACGGCUGAGAGCUAUGAAUUGUGUACAACCUAUUGUUAAAUGGAGAAAUGAUCCCUCUGUGUGUAUUUUUGUAACCAUUUUUUGUCACCCUGCACCGAACAAAAUGAAAAGUGUUGCAAAAUAAAAGUUAUUGUCGAUUGUUACCACA